AUGGUGUUUUGCACCGCUCGCCCGCAGACCGCUGACGCAGCCGUGCAGACUCCAUUUAGCCUGCAGCUGGCGGGCACAUACCAGCACCUUAUGACCACCGACGAACUCCUGCGCGAGCUCCAGCGCUACUCUGAACUUGUCAUCCCAGAGCUGGAGCAGUAUAAUGAGCUGGUGGACAAUCUGGCGGCGAUCGUCACUGCGCUGGCCAAUAUUUAUAGCUCCGCCUUUGACGCCAGCCAAAUUGACAUUUUGAGGGCAAUCGUUGAAAAGGCCAUCGCCAGCGACCAGGCCCACGCACGCACGGCGGAAAAUCUCAACACUGCAAUCAACCGCAUGGUGCCCUUUGUGGCCGCUGCUGCCGCCGCCCCCACAAGCAAAUCUGCUGAGGCAACCGUAGGCACAGCCAGGGGAUUCGACCCGCCAAAGACACCGACUACGCCUGCAGCGAAGCUGCCGGGCAUCGUCGAGGGGUCCAGCCCGCUGCGUGUGCGGUCCAAGACCCACCAUGCCGAGCCAGAGCCCACGGUUCCACAGAUCCCCACUGUGCCAGAGCUGAUGCGCGUCGCAAUCACGGGGCUGUCGCCGUCGCUUCUGCUCAAGGUAUCGCCGCAAGAGUUUGCCCACCAGCUGUACCUGUUCCAUAGCUCGCAGCUCGCAGCUUUCGACCCGAAACAGGCCGAGCUGUACAAGCCCGUGGCCCGCAGGCGCCAGCCCACCAAUGCCCCUCCAACGCCGAGCCUGCUUACGGUCGGCGCAGCAAAUGGCGAUGCUGAGGCAGCCGGCAGUGCAUCGUCGCCUCUAUCGCCAAUGGCUGGUCAUAGCUUUGACAGCACUAGUGGCGCAGCUGCCUCAGCCACAGGCACCCAGAGCAGCGCAUCGGAGACCGUCGACCCCGAGGCUGUGCUGGAAAUGCAGCGUCAGCUAAUGGUGUUCACACAGAGCGAGCCGCACUUUAUCACACGCCUGGUGCACCAGCAUCUGUUGGUCGAACUGCCACUGAACCGCCCUGCCCGCCGCAGCGCUCUGCUGCUGCACUGGGUGCGUAUUGGUGAGGCGUGCCGUCUCAUUGGCGAUGCUGUCGGGUGGGCUGCGAUUGCGAUGGCUGUGACCAUGUCACCUAUUGCACGGCUGCGUGAGACCUGGCAUGGCAUUGCGCUGUCGUGGAAGGAGCUGAUCGUGUCCAAGUGGGUACCCCUGCUGGUCGAAUACGGUAUCUACGAGACCGACAUCGACUCGCCAAAGAGCAAGGCUCCGUCUGGCAAGGCGCUGAUCAUCAAGCCGCAGAGCGGCACGUCUCAUGGAUACCCCUAUGCCGCCAUCCCGUACUAUGGCCCGAUCCGCAUGCAUGUUGAUCGCAUUGGCCGCAAGCUACGCCGGCUGUAUGACCCAGCCAUUGUAAAGUCUAAUGGCGGCGAUGCAGCGGGCGGCGACAAGGUGCUCUUUGUUCACCACGGUCUGAUGUUUGCUGCGGCUAAGGAGGCCGUAGAUUCGAUCCCAGCCAAUGUCUUGGAACGGACUCGCAGCGUUAUCCGGUCACGCGCCAGUACCAUUUCGCUAGCCACCACUUCGCAGCAGCAGCAGCAACAACAGGGCAACUCGCCACCAAGUACUACCCCUCAGAUCCAUACCGACCCAGCAAUGCUUGCGCACCCCUAUCUGCACGAGUAUCUGGUAAACAUGGCUCUUAAUCCGCUACUGCUCGGGGACGAGCUGGCUGAUUCGGAUGUGGUCGAGUAUGAUGUUCGCUUCCUGCUGUCCAUCUCUCUGCAGUGUGAGCCAUCAGUAGCCGACCAGUACCAGCAGCACCUGCAGGACGGAGAUGAGGACGGCCAGGACAGAGCCACGGCUGCAUCAGCACUACGCCAGGCGCCAGGGUCGAUUCUUCCGCUGGUAUGUCCCGAGAUUGUUCCAUCGACCAACAUCCUGCAGUGGAUUACGCCAGUAACCCGCACUCACGCACCACAGAUUCCUAUGCACUCAGUUAACCGCAACCCGAACGGAUCAGGGCGCUCCGGUACCAUUUCGCAUAUCGCCACUUCGUCCCCAGGCAUCACUGGCGGCAGGCUGAUGAUGCCCGAUUCGCCGAUGGCCCGGCCGCAGAACACCACCAGCUCGCUGGCUCUCUCUGGACCCAUGGCUAGCCCGUCGGCAAUGGCCGGGAAGCGCAAGCCUUCUGGCGGCCCCGACACAUCCGCAAUCGAGAACGCUGCUAUUGGCGCCAUACCCCAGCCUAUGGAUCCGCAGGGACUGCGGCAUAAGCGCAGCCGGUCAUUCCCCACCAACGCUGUCAACAUGCAGGUCGGUGAGGCCAGCAACGAUGCCAUGGCCUCGGGCUCCACCGGCGGCGAAUUUGCCACUAGUUCUGAGGUGCACCCCCAUUCCACUACCAGCAUGAUGGCAUCAGCCUCGGAGGAGUCGGCACAAACAAAUGGCAAGCAUGAGCAGUCGUCGAUCGGGGCUGUAGCAGCCAGCGACGUUAGCCACAACGACGCUCUCUACGCUGGAGCCACUCUCUACGCUGCGCACGGCGAUCUAGCGCUCAAGGUGCUGCGUGUGCAGUACACCCAUGUGCGUGACUCUGCAGCGCUAGUGCAGCCGGUGGGAUUCGUUGUUGAGGUCCAGGGUGGAACCAUCCCAAUGCUCCUGGAUCUCCUCAUCAACGGUGUCGAGCAGCACUCGGCGACUCUGGCGGGCGAGAAGGGCCUGCGCGUGCAGUUCCCCGAUGGCUCGACGCCCAAGCUGAUGUUCAACCGCGAUGUGUUCCAGCGGGCAUUUAUGGCGUCGUUCCGCCAUUUCUGUAUUGGGUUCGAUGUGCUCGAUGCUAUGCGCAAGGCGCUCACCGCAACCAAGCACCGAUCCUGGGAUCAGGUGGAGCGGACGCUGGGCACGCUGCUAGACAUUACCGAGAACUGGCUUGGCCAGCAUUUCAGCGACUUUUUGGAUGGCACUGCACUGCGCGAGGCGAUGACCGACUUCUUGGUCUCGCUAGAAGCUGAAGUGCAGACAGCCCGGCCCAAGGACGACGCUGGCACCAAUGCCAAGACAACUUGGGGCGAGCUUGCCGAGCGCUCGAGUGUGCUGCUGCCGGAGUUGAUCACACAGAUGCUAUCACCCUCGGGCUACACUGAGCUGGAGCAGGUUUUGGAGCGCCGGCUGCAGUACGCGGUCAAGCGUGAGCGCAAGGACAGCAUGCGCGGUGUCGACACAAUGGUCCAGUCGCCCCUGUCGCUGCUCAGUCUGUCGGAACCGCACGAGGUGCUCGAGUCACUGAAUCGCCUGGUGCAGACACACUUUGCACACUGCUCAUUCAACGACUGGAUUGUCACUUUCAGCCUGCUCGAGGUUCAGACCCAUGCGCCGCUGCCAUGGUAUGCAAAGAAGCGCAUCACCCAGGUGCCCAGUGAGGACGAGAUUGUCGUUUCAGAUAUCUACCAGGUGCUGGAGCAGACCCAGCGACAGCGCAUCUCGGCACAGGUGCAUGACGUCUCGACGUCAAUGAGCGGCGUCGGUGUCGGCAGUGUUGCUGCCAAUACAGCCGAAUCGUCGCUGGUACGCACGAUGCCACACAGCAUCCAGGUCAUGCUGGAGCUGCAUCGCACGAUCCGCGGGUGGGUGAUUCGCCAGAUCGUCGACCCGAGCAUCCCACUGUCGCAGCGUAUCAUUCGGAUCCAGAAGUAUCUGGCCAUUGUUCGUAUGUGCCGUCGCGACUCGCAGCUCUCGGCGUCACGCGUGUUUGGCGACCUGCUUAACGGAUACAUGCGCGAGGCCGGCAUGAUCCCUGAGCGCCAGCCCAGUUACCGCGUCAACUCAAUCAAGAAUGGCGCCUAUGGCCGAGGCAGUGCUGGUGUCGGCCAUGCAGGCAAGCGGGGCAAGCGCAAGGCAGCCCAGUCUCAGGUGCGCUAUGUUCCGUCGUUCGUCGAGCGCGCCAUUGCUAGCGCCCUCGUCAGUCCCGAGUCGCGACAGUAUGUGCGCGCAUGGAAUGAAGUUGCUGUGGCCAACAACACCAAGCUGGAGUCCCUAGAGGCGAUGCUACGUGGUGCACGUGAUCUAACCCCUGCGGCGAAAUCUAGCUCAAUGGCUUCUGAGAGCGGGGUUGCUGCCGAUGCCAAUGAGCUUGGUCAGCAGAAAGCCCUGUCGCGGCGCCGGUCAUACUCCAACCUUCCAGGCGAUGAGAUUGAUCUGUCUGAAGACAUGAUGGCGCGUGCCGACUGCUUCGUCCCGUGUCUGGGCUGGCUGCUGGAGAACAUGGUCAGCCUCUGUUACGACACACCGGACACGCUGGUUGGCGAUGUGCGCUUGGUCAACAUUGCGAAGCGGCAUCGUGUCUUCAUUAUGCUUUGCGUGUGCGACCAGCUCGGGCAGCGUUGCCAGGAAGCCUUUGCGCUGCCAACCAAGACCCGCAUUGACAUUGGCCUACUGUCGAACCAGGUUGCCCAAACGCCAAUCUCGCUUACCGAGAUCAGGGCCCAGAGCUACCGAGAGUCCAACAUGGCUGCCGAAGCAUCAGGCGUACCCAGUGGACCGUCGGGAUCGGCUGUGUCACCAUUGGCCGGCAGCGGCUUGGCUGCAUUUGGUUCUGACAGCUCGUUCUCGUUCACAGCUAGCGCUGGUGGUAAUGGGCUGCCAGCGCCAAACAGCAGCCAGGCAUCACGGUCCGGCGAUACUGCAACCGCAUCUAUGAGGCAUGCAGCGGGUGGGUUCUCGAAGCGGUCGAUGGGCAACCUUCGCGGAGCCAACGACUCACGCGGGCAGUACCUGCGCAAGGCAUCGAAUGUGACGAACCUAGUUACGCACCCCACACCCGACCUCCCCAACGGCAACUUGUUUGGAUCUCCGCCGGCCCCACCGCCGCGCUCGCUGACACAGCCAGACAGCCCCAGCGUCCACCAGCCUGGGUUUGGUGCUUCAGCAAACAGUGCUGGGCCGAUCGGUGGUACGCCAGUGCAGUACCACCGACCAUUCUCACGACUGGUCACCGAUGAGAUCGAAAAGGUGCGCCAGGAGGUGCGCGAGCGCGAGAAGCUCGAGCGCGAGCUGCGCGACCGCGAGCAGGCAAUGGAGCGGCAGAAGCAGGAGCGCACCAAGAUGCUGAAGCGCCAGCUCAAGGAGCAGCAGCAGCGCAGGGCCAAGAACGAGCCUCUGCUCAAGAUGUCCAACCUUAUGAGCAAGGUGGGCAUCACUGUCCGCGACAGCUCAGUCGAUGGCAGUGCAUCCCACAAGGCAGGCACGCGCCACACGGCAGUCGCUGGCAAUGUGGUGCAUGCUGGCGCCGACAGCAGCAACCGCGACAGCCAAAUGUCCACAUCGAGUUCGAUGCGCCCGCGCGGGCCGGCGCUGCCUAGCACCAAGCCGGCCAACGUGAUCAACCUGAUCAACUCAACCAUCACCGUCGAGGAAGGCUACACAAAGCGCGACUUUGUCUUCCGAAUUGUCACCGAGGAAGGCGGCCAGUACCUGCUGCAGGCGCCAGACAUGGACCAGAUGGAGGACUGGAUCAACGGCAUGCGCGAUGCGGCCACUGAGGCUGCGGCCCGUCGUUUGACGCUAUUUGUCGAGGAGGCAAAGAAGCGGUCCCACGGGGAACCAGGCGGUUCGUCUGGUGCAUCCGCGGCUCCAAGCAUGCCGGGCAUGGGCGCUGAGUCUGAUUUGAGCCAGCAACAGGUACCCAAGUCGCCACUCACCGAGACCAGCGCACGC